AUGUCGAAGAAAAAGACUUCUGAGCCUUGUGGAAUCCUUGGUGUGAGCUAUACCAAGGAUUGGGUGAAGAAAAUUGAUGGAUCUUGGCCUGCUCUUGUUGGCAGUUUUGCAAAGGUCAACACUCUUCAUAUGCCGGAUACCAGGACAUUUGACAGCAUAGCACUGGCAAAGGAAAGCCCAAUGAGAACAUGGGUUAACCAGUACCUCGAAGCCCGUGAAAAAGAGUUCGGACACCCAUCGAAAGCUCCGAAGACCUUGAGAGGCAACUGGGUCGACAAGAUCCUGAACGAAAAAGUCUGCAGAGAAGUGCUCGAAGAUGCCAGUCCACCAAAGAUUGGCAUAAAUGACGUGACCGCGGAUGCCCUUGCUGCCAUGAGCACCCUCUGGUACGCCGUGAAGUGCAUGAAGGCCGUGCCACGUCUUUGUGAGAAGUCGAAAGUCGAAGACACUCCCUUGAGUCUGGAUCCAUACGACGUGUUGCACAUGUGCAUAUUUCUUGCAAACUGUCAUCGAUCGUUCAAAGGGAGAAAUAUCGACGCGGAAAUCUUGAAUAAGCGCAAUCAAAACCGAAUUCUCCCUGUGUACGUGGAAGCCAGACCUACAAAUCAUUCAGCUUCCGCUUCGGCUUCCGCCUCAGCUUUGCUUUCGAUCUCUCCUGGGCAGUCAUCCAGCUCUGGAGAUUUGGACGCUCUCAGAAGAAGCUUGCUUGGGAUGGAAGCUUAUUCUCCAUUUGAAGAUUAUGCCAACCUCCAAGCACUUGGUCCCAAUGCACCUUCCGCGAAUGAGAAGGCUGUUGCGGAGCUAAUGAAUUCGAUUCAACGUGCCCUUAUUCGGCCUCGACCUGGACCACAGCCUGCAAUGUCAGACGAUGUAUACAGAGUUCUGCACAAUUAUUUCGUGGAUGAGGAUAGGGACUUUUCCAAAGAUUGUGUUCUUUUCGAACCAAUUGACACGCAACCACGACAGACUAGCCUGGACACUCAUGUUGCCCUGGUAGCAUCUAUCGGCGAGGCCAUCAUGACAGCCAACGAUGAAGGAGAUGACCAUGAAGCUGCCAACAAUAUGGAUUUGGCAGACGACGUAGGUUGCGCGGUGGUUGAAAGGAGAGACUAUACCAUGUCUGCCAGAACCAGAGAAUUCCAAGAUGCUUGCAACAAAGCAGGGCUGACCGUGACGAAGGAUGGUGUGUAUCUCCACUCUCACAGAAUUAGCAAGCCGGUUUCUCUGGAGCCUUGGCAGGCUACUGCCGUGGCAUGGAUGAUGGACAUGGAAGAGCAGUCACCACUACACGGAGGCAUUCUUGCUGAUGGGUGCGGACUUGGGAAGACGCGAACAACGUACACCCUGAUGGAACGUUCACUUACCAAGACUUCUGAGAACGGAACAUACUAUCCACAGCUUGUGCUAUGUCCAAAGAGUCUGCUCGAUAUGUGGUAUGCAGAGGCUAUGGAACAUUUUGGAGAUACCUUCGUGAUCAAGGUGUUUUAUGGACCCCAGCCAAAAAGCCCCAAAACCCACCGUGAGGAGUGCGUUAUAAACAAUAAUGACGUUUUGAUGGAGUAUUUGCGAACCCUGGAUUCCAGCAGUAUUGAGACUUUGCGAGUUGUCAUAAUCAGCACUUAUGACACAUUUGCUUUUCGAACAACACACCAGAGUGGUGGAAGGGGGGUAGACCCUGUUCAUCUGGAAAGUGAUGAUGAGAAUGACCCGGAAAAUUCUCACUCAGAAGUUCAUUUAACUUCCAGUGCUGGGAAUGACGACGAGUGUCUUGACCUUGAUGUCAUAGAUACGAUCGAGGAAACGGAGUCUACGGACGAUCCUAGAUCAAUUCUAUCAGACCAACGGCCUGCUCAAUCAGUGAGAUAUGCACUGGGUAGCCAAGGCUCUAAAACAACAGCCAGUGCUAUCCAAGGACUCGGGGUUGUUCAAAGUGAUAAUAUGAGCACCGCUAUCAACUAUGUGAGCCGAUUGAAGGCUUUCAAGUUUAGCAGAAUCAUUUGCGAUGAGGCCCACCGAGUGAAGAACAUUCUGAGCAAGCAGCAUCAGAGUAUUUCCCUCCUUGAGUAUGAUGCCAUCUGGUUUUUGACAGCCACGCCAAUGUCAAACAGCUUUACAGACCUCAAUGGCCCUCUGAGUUUGUUGCACAAGCGAUCGUCUGCCGACGGCGAGGAGGAAGAGGAAGAAGUUGAUCUGCCACUUGCACCCGGCAUGAGACAUAGAUCAGGCGGAGGAGCUGAUUACUUGAUUGAUGUUUAUGGCGCAUGGUCAAGACUGCCUAAAUUGCCGACUCCAGCUCCUUGGGGUUUGCUGAACCCCAAGCUGUUGGUCGAUCUACAAAGUCGGCGAUUAACACCCGGACAGGCGUGCAAGCUCAUCCCCAUCAUCUUCCGCCUUUGUAUUCUACAAAGACAAAUGGGCGAUGAUAUUGAGAUGCCAGCUGGAGAGAAAAUCCAAAUCGGUGGAAAGAUCCCCCCUGCGCGUGUUAUGACAGUGGAACUCUGUUACUCAGAUGCUGAACAGAGGGAGCAUGAUUUGCUGUAUUCCAAGAUCAUCAAGGGUCUAGUCAAAAAGGAAAAUGAUUCAUCGCCUGAGACGUUUUCUGAUGCUCAAUUGAAUGGGAAGGGGAGAGCUCACAAUGGCAAGUUUCGAUCUGCCACUUUAUCUGAGGCUCAACUGUUUGGAAGGGGGCGAGUCAACAGUGGCAAACUCCGGCGAUUAUGCGCCUUGGCCUUCCAUGCAAAGCUCGACACUUUCCUAAACCUCGAGGGUAUCUCAAAUCAGUACACUGAGCAUGUAGCGGAUAUUGCCAAAGAGGGCAAUAUGUGCUUCGAACUGUUUUGGCAGCUGACGGUAGAAGGGAAAAUCAACCCGCCUCCCCGAAUUAGAUUCGAUCGAGCAAGAUACCUACUUUGCCAAUCUCCUCGCUUGAAAUAUUUGCUCAAGAUCUUUCUUGCAGAAGGUCUUACACCCUCGUCUGCCAAGCCUCGCUUCGUGAUCUUCUGCAAUUGGCCUAUGACAGUUUGGCUGGUUCAGAUGCUGCUACAUGCACUAUCACUGGAAUUUGCGGCUAUAACCUCACCUAUGAGCGUAGCUGACCGCACGGAAGCUAUAAAUCGCUUCAACGACUCCAACAAUGACUGUUCGGUGUUCAUCACGACAUAUACGCUUGGGGCCUUUGGCCUCAACUUGCAGAGCAAUUGCAGUCGUCUUGUUCUCAUGGAAUCGGCCAUAAACUAUAACCGAGUUUUCCAUGCCAUCGGAAGAAUGCACCGCCUGGGCCAAAAAGAGCCACAGAAAAUUUGGUAUCUAUUUCAGGAUUCUACGAUUCAGCGUUGGAUGGAAUGGCGUAAUUUGACGAAACUUCGAGGUCAGAUUGCUGCACAGAACAGAGAGGCUUUCGAGCCAGUUCUGAGGCACCGGCAGGAAAAUAGAGCACGAGAAGGAGUUUCGAUCAAUGAGAAGGACGAGAGAGAUGGAGAUAUCGAAGAUCUAUGUGAUCGUUUUUUCCGCGAUUUGAUGGGCCAAGAAGAAGGGUGUGGUGAUCGCAGUGGAAUGGGGAAUGAGAUGGAGUUGGACGUGGUGGCCAAAGAUACACGUUACCACUCACGCCGUCACGGACAGGGAAUCAACAACAUGACUCGUCAUGUUGUCAUUGAAGAGCAGAAGGAGCAGCAGGAGGAGAAGGAACCAGAGGACUUGACGGAAACUCGUAAGCGUCCCCGAGGCCCAGAGGACAAUGGCGAAGGACCGAGUACGAAGCGGGUUUUUUCGCUAUGA